AAUAGAACCUCAGCUGACCGAAGUGCCGCUAACAUCGGACGUCAAUCCAUAAUAGUCGAGAGGAUCCCAUCCCCUUAAUUUACUUUUCGAAACCGACAUUUAUCCGUGACUCUAGAUAGUGGAGCCAUCCCUAUCCAUCGACCUAAAUCCACUAUUGAAAUCCAGAACGACGCCAUAGAGGAGAAAUAACCGCCGGUCCAUGCAGAAUCCCCACUUGAUUUAGGCUAUAAGUACUGAAAAUGCCCGAGACAUUCUGGCAUCCGAGUCAGUAACGGCGUGGAACCGUUUCAGAUUGAUUAAUGGGGACACUUGGAUCCUAAACCACACACGGACCAACAGCCGAGUCCAUGAAUGAAAACGAACCACUGAAGAAGUCCGGCAUUAAUUCUCCGCGAUGGAGUCAUGCGAUGCCGAUGAAUGAAACUGAGUCUAGGGCAGAGGCCAUCCAUGGUUUAAUUUAGCUUGCUUCAGCUUGGCUGCGAGGGUCGACUUUGGUCUAAAUGGGAAUUCGUAUAAGUUGUUUGGAGUCGACCUCGACAUAAGCAUUUCUCCUGUCAAUUCUUUUCACUCCUUAAGCUGUGAUCCUGGUGAUCAGAUUGUCCAACUCUUACCUUCUUUAUUCUUUUCGUCGAUCAAUAAUUGCUAUGCGUUUCCAGCCUUUGACCACGGCGCUGGCUGUGGGUGUCUCUGCCCAUCUUGCCCAAGCAGCUGGUCUGCAUGAUGCCGCCGUCGCAAAGGGACUCCUCUACUUCGGUACCGCAACCGAUAACCCGGAGCUCACCAACACCUCCUAUGUCACCCAGCUGAACAACACGGGUGACUUUGGCCAGAUCACUCCUGGAAAUUCGCAGAAGUGGGACUCAACCGAGCCGUCUCAGAAUGAAUUCUCCUUCACCAAGGGCGACGUCAUUGCCGAUCUGGCUGACGCCAAUGACCAGAAGCUGAGAUGCCAUAACUUGGUUUGGCACCAGCAGCUGCCUAACUGGGUCUCGAGCGGGUCCUGGACCAACGAAACCCUAAUUGCCGUUCUACAGAACCACAUCACAAACGUUGUGAAGCACUACAAGGGACGAUGCUACGCAUGGGAUGUAGUGAACGAGGCCCUGGCCGACGACGGCUCCUACCGCGACUCCAUCUGGUACAAAACCAUCGGCGAGGCCUACAUUCCUAUCGCCUUCGCAGCUGCCGCUGCCGCCGACCCAGACGUGAAGCUCUACUACAACGACUACAGCAUCGAGUGGGGCGGUUCCAAGUCCACCGGCGCCCAGAACAUCGUCAAGCUAAUCCAGUCCUACGGCGGUAAGAUCGACGGUGUCGGUCUUCAGGCCCACUUCACCGUCGGCCAAACCCCCGCCCGUAAGGACCUCGCCAGCAACCUGAAGGCCUUCACCGAUCUCGGCGUAGAGGUCGCCUACACCGAGGUGGACGUGCGUAUGAAGACCCCGGCGACAGACGCCAACCUGCAGCAGCAGAGCACCGAAUUCGCCAACAUCGUCGGUGCUUGUCUCGAUACCGAGGGCUGUGUCGGGGUUACCAUCUGGGACUGGACCGACAAGUACUCCUGGGUGCCCAGCACAUUCCCGGGCUACGGUGCUGCCUGCCCCUGGGACGAGAACUUUGAAAAGAAGCCCGCGUACCAGGGCAUUUUGGAGGUUUUGGGAGGUGAGGCUUCUGCUUCUACUUCUACUUCUGUCUCUGCUUCUGCCUCUGCACCUGCACCUGAGACCACUUCUGCCGUCCUCUCUACCACUACUGCUGCCGUCACCUCUUCUUCUACUACUUCUUCCAGCACUAGCACCAGCAUCAGCUCCAGCUCUUCUUCCGCUAUCAUCUCUUGCACUGCGGCCGCUUCUUCUACUUCUUCCAGCUCUCCAAGCACUACUUUGGCCACCUCUUCCAGCACUUCCUCCGCCAUUCCUUCUGCUUCUUCAUCAGCUACGCCAACUGACUUCAUCCCUCAGCCUAGUUCAACCGCCACCGGCCGCGUCAAAGUCUACUACCAGUGCGGCGGUAUUAACUAUCAGGGUAGCACCGAGUGCGAGGAGGGUCUGACCUGCAAGAAGUGGAACCCUUAUUACUCGCAGUGUAUUCAGGCCUAGGUUUAUCUAUAAAUGCCAUAAGAAUUGGUUUGUUGGAUU